AUGAGUUGUCUCAGGAUGCGUCGCACGCAGCUUGCGAGCCAGCUCGCGAGGAGUUUCCGCCCAAGCACACGUGCUUUCUCCUCAACUCGACCCUUCCAACGUAUAAUCGCUACCGAGAACCUGCGAGCAAAGGAGGCUUCAGGCUUCAUCUCCAGCAAGUACCCUGUCAUUGACCAUCAAUACGAUGCCAUUGUGGUUGGCGCUGGAGGAGCUGGUCUGCGAGCAGCUUUCGGUCUCGCCGAGGCGGGCUUCAACACGGCCUGUAUCUCAAAGCUUUUCCCCACUCGAUCGCACACGGUAGCUGCGCAGGGUGGUAUCAAUGCGGCGCUUGGAAACAUGCACGAGGAUGAUUGGAGGUGGCACAUGUACGAUACCGUCAAAGGUUCAGAUUGGCUUGGUGACCAGGACGCUAUCCACUACAUGACAAGAGAGGCCCCACAGUCUGUCAUCGAGCUCGAGAACUACGGUUGCCCAUUCUCCAGAACCGACGACGGCAAGAUUUACCAACGUGCCUUUGGUGGUCAAUCGCAAAAGUAUGGAAAGGGCGGACAGGCAUACCGAUGCUGUGCUGCCGCCGACAGAACUGGUCACGCUCUCCUGCACACGCUCUACGGACAAUCUCUCCGCCACAACACCAAAUACUUCAUUGAGUUCUUCGCUACCGAUUUGAUCAUGGAAGAUGGCGUCUGCAAGGGUGUCGUUGCCUACAACCAGGAAGACGGAACUAUCCACCGUUUCAUCGCUAAGAACACUGUUUUGGCCACUGGUGGUUACGGACGUGCCUACUUCAGCUGCACAUCGGCUCACACCUGUACCGGUGACGGUAUGGCCAUGGUUGCUCGCGCAGGUCUCCCCAAUCAGGACAUGGAGUUCGUCCAGUUCCACCCCACUGGUAUCUACGGCGCUGGAUGCUUGAUCACUGAGGGUUCCCGUGGAGAGGGUGGUUAUCUUCUCAACUCCGAGGGUGAGCGAUUCAUGGAGCGUUAUGCACCCACCGCCAAGGAUCUUGCCUCGCGUGACGUUGUCUCUCGAUCGAUGACUCUGGAAAUCCGUGAAGGCCGUGGUGUUGGUCCUGAGAAGGACCACAUCUACCUUCAGCUCAGCCACCUGCCUCCUGAGGUCCUCCACGAGCGUCUGCCCGGUAUCUCUGAGACCGCUGCCAUUUUUGCUGGUGUAGAUGUUACCAAGCAGCCCAUUCCCGUCCUUCCCACUGUUCACUACAACAUGGGUGGUAUCCCCACCAAGUACACUGGUGAGGUUCUCACUCAAGACGCCCAGGGUAACGACCAAGUUGUGCCUGGUCUAUUCGCUUGCGGUGAAGCUGCGUGCGUGUCUGUUCACGGAGCUAACCGUCUCGGUGCCAACUCAUUGCUCGAUCUUGUUGUCUUUGGACGUGCUGUUUCCCACACCAUCCGCGACAACUUCAGCCCCGGCCAGACCGCUGAUCCCGUAUCUGCCGAUGCCGGUGCCGACUCCAUCGCCGUCCUGGACAAGGUCCGUACCUCCGAGGGCACCAAGUCCACCGCCGAGGUCCGCCUACAGAUGCAAAAGGUCAUGCAGACUGAUGUCGCCGUCUUCCGAACACAAGAGUCGCUCGAUGAGGGUGUCAAGAAGAUCCGCGAGGUUGAUGCCGACUUUGUCAACGUUGGUAUCAAGGACCGCAGCAUGAUCUGGAACUCGGACCUUGUCGAGACUCUUGAGCUACGAAACUUGCUCACUUGCGCUGUUCAGACUGCCGAGUCUGCCGCCAACCGCAAGGAGUCGAGAGGCGCCCACGCCCGCGAGGACUACCCCGACCGUGACGACGAGCAGUGGAUGAAGCACACACUGUCGUGGCAGAAGCAGCCACACGGUGAGACCAAGCUUGGCUACAGGGCAGUGACUGGUACCACGCUAGACGAGGCCGAGUGCAAGGCUGUGCCACCAUUCAAGCGUACCUACUAG